AUGAGACACGUUUUGCUGCUGCUUUGUCUCGGCUGUGGCCCAGUUCUAAGCUCCCGCUUUCCUCUUCGUCGAUACUUCUACGUGGACAUUGAAAAAACCUGGGAUGAAGCUCGAGCCUAUUGCCGGCAGAAGCACUCAGACCUGGCCAUAUUCUCCAGUGUGGAGGAGGCGCAGCUGGCCCUCAAACCGGCCGGCUUCAGCAGCUCCUCUGCUUGGAUCGAGAUUCAUGAUGAUCCCCAGAACUGGAAAGGGAACAUGACCGACAAGGCCAACUCCUGGAAGUGGUCUGCCACAGGCCGGGGCAGUCAGAGCGGCUACCAGAACUUCGACUUGGAUCUGGGUAGUUACUCCCAGGGCGACCAAACUUCUGGUCUGGAGAACUGCAUGGUCAUGAACCCGACUGAGGGUAACAUUUCGUCUGCUUCACGGGAGUGCAAUAAUGAGGGACACAGAGACCAGAGGACUGGGUGGUCCUCACAGAGACCAGAGGACUGGGUGGUCCUCACAGAGACCAGAGGACUGGGUGGUCUUCACAGAGACCAGAGGACUGGGUGGUCCUCACAGAGACCAGAGGACUGGGUGGUCUUCACAGAGACCAGAGGACUGGGUGGUCUUCACAGAGACCAGAGGACUGGGUGGUCCUCACAGAGACCAGAGGUGCCAAAGAUGUUUGAUUGA